UCCGUUGUAAUCUUUUUCUUACCGCCUUCUGUCCCUACUUCUAGAUUUUCUCACCCUUCUUCUUCAUGCUUCUGGUUUGCCUGACCGCCUACAUUUUCUUCUUCAAAAGAUACAAAUAUUUAUCUCACAGUUAGGCAGAAUCCUAAACGUAGUGAAAGACUGUGCUUUUAUCAGGUGAAAAAUCUUGAUUUUCCAUGGCUAAUGGUUGUUGAUGUGCUUCGGGUUACAGACGAAAGGGAAAGACCAUUGUACAAAAUAACAAGCAAAAGAGGGAAUAGAAAAAUCAAAGUGGGUAUUUUCUAAUAGUGAAAGAGAAUGAGGUGGGAGAGGGUUAAUGUGCUGAUCAGAUCUAAAGAAGGCCUGGAAGGAAAGAAAUCACCAGGCAGGAGAGGGGGCAUCCUGGGCCCUGGCAAAAGAUGGGGCCACACAUGCAACUCUAUCAAAGGAGGAAGGUUUUUAUACGUGUUUGGUGGUUAUGGGAAGGACAAUUGCCAGACCAAUGAAGUUCAUGUGUUCGACACAAUUAAGCAGACAUGGAGCAAGCCUAUGGUGAAGGGGGUGCCACCAUUGCCAAGGGACAGCCACAGUUGCACGACUGUGGGGAACAAGCUCUUUGUGUUUGGGGGCACAGACGGGCAGAAUCCGUUGAACGAUUUGCAUGUUCUUGAUACCUCUACAAAUACAUGGACUCAACCAAUUGUAAGCGGUGAUGGGCCAGAAGCACGAGAAGGGCACAGUGCAACACUUGUUGGAAGGCAUCUUUUUAUAUUUGGAGGCUGUGGGAAGUCUUUCGAGGAGGAUGAAGAGAUAUACUAUAAUAACCUAUACAUACUGGAUACUGAGACUCUAGUCUGGAAACGUGCUGUGACAACUGGAAGUCCACCUUCUGCUCGAGACAGCCAUACAUGUUCAUCUUGGAAGAACAAAGUUGUGGUGCUUGGUGGUGAAGAUGCAUCUGACUGUUACUUGUCCGAUGUCUACAUAUUGGAUGCAGAUACUCUUGUUUGGAAGGAGUUAAAUACUUCUGGCCAGGUUUUAGCUCCUCGUGCUGGUCAUUGCACUGUAGCACUGGGAAAAUACUUGUUUGUAUUUGGGGGAUUUACUCACGAUCGGACACUUUAUGAUGACCUUCAUAUACUGAAUGUAGAUACAGGUAUUUGGAGCAAAAUUUCAAAUGCAUGCCAGGGGCCUUCUGCUCGGUUUUCUGUAGCUGGAGAUUGUGUGGAUCUGUGGAAGGGCGUUCUUGUCUUCAUAGGAGGAUGCAAUGAAAAACUCGAGGCCCUUGAUGAUAUGUACUAUCUAUACACAGAUAUGCUGAUGGAAAAUGGUCAACAUGAGCAUAGGCUGGAAAAGCUUUCUCUAAGAAAAGAGUUGAAGCGAAAGCGCCAAGAACACCAUCUUAAUUCUUCAAAUUUUGUACCCAAGCUUGAUAAAAUGCCUGAUGGGUAUCAUUCAUUCCCUUAUUUGAAGCAUGGUGAAACUGGGAAGUUGCUUGAGUUGGGCAUCUCAAAGCAUGGAGGUUAUCGGGUCAGUCCGAUGGAUCCGACCUAUGAUCCCAUAUCCGGCACUGAUGCUCAUUCACUUUCAGUAUCUAAGCCUGCUGAAGAAAAGUUGUUUGAAGCGACUGUCAUAGAUAUUCUCCAUUGUGGGUAUGCAAUUCAAACCAGCAUUGAUGGAAAAUCUUUACGGGGCAUAUUGUUUUCAUAUACACCAAGCUUCAUAUAUGAUGUACAUGCCCGGGUUAGUAGGAGAAGAAUGUCAAAGGAAUGUCCUGCUGUAGAGGGAAAUGAUAUCAGCAAAGCAAAGACAAAGUCUGAUGGCAGUUUCAAGCAAGAGUCCGAGAAUACGAAAUCAGAUGCACCACCUAAUGCCAAUAAAUCAGCUACACCAGAGUUGUCAGGAGAAGCUGAUCCUUCACUUUCUGAUGAUUCAACUCCUAGUGUGGCCAUCCGUCAUAAAAACUUGGCCUCAUAUGAUAGUGAGACAACCCAAGUGCUUUCUGGGGCUCCAAAGCCUGAAGCUGCACCUGCUGUAGAAGAAGUUCAUUCACAUGGCCUUACACUACCUGAAGAAGAAUCUAUUACAUCCAUGGCACAAGGUGUCGAUGUCCUCGGACCAGUUGCUGAAAAAGCUCUGCCGAUGCAUGAUGAUGGUCAACAACUUGCUGGCUCAUGCUGAGGGCCCGCAUUAAGAGACUGACAACCAGCAAUAGGAAUUAACUAGUAUCAAAAGUAAAACAAAAGUUUGUGCCCAUGAGUUAAUACUGAUUAUUAUAUAGGAACAGAUCAAAAUACUGAGAGUUUUGGGUAGCAGCUGAAAGCUGGUUCAGUUUUUGUCCGGGUUUGCUGACCAGCAGUGUGCGAUUUCAAGUGCAUGGUAGAUGCUUAAUCUGAAUUAGGAAUUUACUCCUUCAGCUCCCUUAUGUUAUGUAUGUAUCAGGUCUAGAUUUCUGAUAAGUGAGAAGGCACUGUGGAGGUUACUUCAACUUGUGCAUCAAUCAAUUGAUAUUUAUUGCCA